AGGAAACACAGCCAACGCUUCCUCACAAAAUACUCUUACCUCCUAAGCCGCUCCAAAUACAAAUAAAUCCGCAAAGGACCUAGGAGAGAACCACAAUGUCCACACCCGCCCGCCGUCGUUUGAUGCGAGACUUUAAGCGAAUGCAAACCGAUCCCCCCGCUGGAGUGUCCGCCUCUCCGAUCGCCGACAAUGUAAUGACAUGGAACGCGGUCAUCAUCGGACCCGCAGAUACACCCUUCGAAGAUGGCACAUUCAGACUGGUGAUGCAUUUUGAAGAGGCAUACCCCAACAAGCCGCCCGGCGUCAAAUUUAUAAGCCAGAUGUUUCACCCAAACGUGUACGGCACUGGCGAGCUCUGUCUGGACAUAUUGCAGAAUAGGUGGAGUCCGACGUAUGAUGUAGCGGCCAUCUUAACAAGCAUUCAGAGUCUCCUGAACGACCCAAACACGUCGUCCCCUGCCAACGUCGAGGCAUCAAAUCUAUACAAGGACAACCGCCGGGAAUAUACCAAGCGGGUUCGGGAGACAGUAGAGAAGAGCUGGGAGGACUGAG